AUGGCAGAGACGUCGAAGGAAGCGGCCUCUCCUAAGGCACCCGUUGCUUCGUCACCACCAGCCGAAGGAACCCCUGCACCUGCGGAGCAAACCUCUCCUGAACAAGUUACUACAGAGAACCCCGCCGAACCUGCUGAGGACUUCCAUAACCCUGAUCAUUGGGCCAUCUUGAAUGAGGGUGUAUAUGGCGAUGCUGAUUCAGCAGUUGGAGAUGAUGCUGCCAGCUCAACCGAGUCGAUUUCUUCGAGCAUCCUUCACUACCGCACAAUUCAUGGGAGGACGUAUCACUCUGAGCGGGGAAAUGCCGAGUACUGGACGCCAAACGAUGAGCACCAUAACGAGUCUAUGGAUAUCAACCAUCACCUCCUGUCGCUCUCGCUGGAGGGGAAGCUUCAUCUAGCUCCUCUGAAGGAUGACAUUCAGAAAGCUUUGGAUGUUGGAACGGGAACUGGUAUCGAUUUUGCCGAUGAGUAUCCCAAUGCCGAAGUAGUCGGGACGGAUAUCUCCCCCAUCCAACCUGACUGGGUUCCGCCCAAUCUGAAGUUUGAAAUCGAAGACUGUACCCAAGAGUGGACUUUCGACCCCAACUCGUUCGAUUACGUGCACAUGCGGUAUCUGUAUGGAAGUAUCAGCGACUGGUCUGCCCUGUUCAAGGAGGCAUUUCGCGUUUGCAAGCCCGGCGGUUGGGUUGAGAGCUACGAAGCCUCCCCUCGAAUGGAAAGCGACGAUGGCACUGUAACUGAAACCUGUGCUAUCAACGAAUGGGGCAAGUUCUUCAUCGAAGGCGGGAAAAAGCUCAACCGCACUUUUGAGAUCAUCGAUAAAGACCUCCAGCAGAAAGGAAUGGAGGAAGCAGGCUUUGUCGACGUCAAAGUUUGGGAUUUCAAAGCACCUAUUGGGGGCUGGCCUCAGGACCCUCGACUUAAACAAAUUGGCCAGUUUGCUCAGGCUGCGCUUGAACAAGACUAUGAGGGUUAUGUCCUCUAUAUGGCUAAUAUCGUUCUUGGUUGGACUAAGGAAGAGGUCUCUGUAUACUGCGCUCAAUUGCGACGAGAGAUUCGAUCUGGAAAGUUUCAUCCUUUCUAUCGACAGCGCGUUGUUUAUGCAAGGAAGCCUGAAUAG